AUGCCUAACGAAAACGCGCCAGUGUGCGGGUGCGGAGUUGUGGUGGAUCUGCCAAAAUCACGGAAUGGCGCCCUGUCCUCGAGGAAGCUCACGAUCAGAAUACCAAAGUCGAAGGGCGGCAAGUCGGACGGGCGGGCUGCCAAGAAACAACAAGACGACGCCCGUGGGAAGAGCAGAAGUUCCGAAACAGGAAGCUGCAGCUCGGUGACAGAACAAGCAAGACCGGUUACGAAAAGUAGCAAACACGAGAAGCGAUUGAAUCACUCGAGGAGGACCCGAAGCGCAGACAGAGCGGAGUCCCACUACACUUACAUAGACUCUGGCUCGAGCAUACUCGGCGGCGGGAUUCGAGAGAACACUAUACCAGAGGCGCUGUACGCCACCAUUCCAGACACGCCGAACGCGAGCGCCAACGAAACCGGAAAUAGUCAAUUAAACGCGCAAAGUAGAUCGCAACCCGUUUACGCCAUUCCUUCUAUGGUGUCGCCGCCGCCCACCUAUGACGUGGCGAUCUCGAAAACGUGGCAGACCGGUUUGCCACCCACUUACGAGGAGUACCUGUGCCACAAAUACGCCAUGAUAUCGCGAUCGCACACGCCACCCCCGCCGUGGUCGGACUCAUCGACGACGACGACGACGACGACGCCCACAGCGCAGAACGUUCACGUGCGUCGCGAGCUGCUGGCCAGCCAGCCGGAGCUCAGAGAGUAUCUGGCGCAGUUGUCGCUUUCUCAGAACAACGAGAGGUCGAUCGGUCAUCACCACCAUCAUCAAGGGACCGUUCUCAGAGACAGUAGCUACCUAUCGAACCAGCAAAUCUCGAGGGAGCAAGUGAGGACGCAACAACGCGCGCGAGCUAUGCCUCCCAGAUCGCAGAGCGAGAGCCGCGUGCAGCAGCAGAGAAUCGCGACGAUGUACGAGGACGGGGCGUUCUGCAUGGAGACGACCGCGCUGCAGUCGGCGUUCGAGAACGGGAUAGCAUUGUGCAGUUUGAUGUAAGCCCGGCCGAUAGAGCGAUGACGGUCGAGAAAGCGAUGACGCGGGACGGGGUCGAGCACAAUUCCCAAAAAUCGCUCGUAUCCCGAAGAAAAGAAAGAAAACAAAAAACCGAAGACAACACUGUCUCUCUGUUCGCGACCGUUCGAAGAGAAGAAUUGCAACGAAAGCCCGUCAAAGUUCCGGGCGACAAAAAUCUCUCGAUCGACUUCGGUACGAUCGUGUCCACCGAUCUUCCUCCUCUUUCUUUCUUUCUUUGUUCUCUCCCUCUUUCUGCUUCCACCUUCCUUCGAUCGCGUCCGGACGGAAUUAGAAACGUGAACAGUUCCGAACUGGCCGCCGUGAAACGGCCGAUAAUUAAGCGUAUCUUCGAAGAGGAGACGAAACGUCUUCGAUGGAGCACGAGCACGUCGAUGGGGACGAGAGGGGUUUCGAAAGUUCGCACGGGCGUUCGGAAUUUUUUUCAAGUCUGGCCGGCAACUUCGCAGACACAAGCCGGAAGUCGCCCUGGGGAUCCAGCAAGUACUUUCCUUCCAACUCUCUAUCUCUCUCUCUCUCUCUCUCUCUCUCUCUCGAGUUCUCGAGCUCUCGCGGUGGGAAAACUUUCCGAGAAACCGCGGCCAUUGCGACGCGAGCACUGUCAUCUCCGCGUGAGGAACGCUCUGGAAAUGAUCGAGUCUAAUCUCUGUCGGGAAUGUUUGAACGUCUCCACGUUCGAACAGACGCCGGUGUCUGCAAGAGACGCGGAGGACGCUGAGCGACUCCGCGUCCAUUCGUGCAAAUAGCCAGGUGUAUAUAUUAGGUUUUAAAAGGCUCGUAAGUUCUGUCGUUCCUUUUACGGCUCGAGAUUAUGAUUUCUGAAACGGUUUUCGUUUAGAAUUCCAGUGAAAAUCGUCCGUCUCUCGUUUCCGCUGCUUGGUGUCAUGUCGAUCUCACGCAAUGAUAAAGAGAAUUAAUAUCUAAAGAAGAAUUAAUGAAAGACCUAAUACUAAAAAAACUAC